AUGACGCUGUCCCUGGCCCUGACAGGGCUUGUAGCCUCACUCAUCCUGGCCCAGCCAUGUGAGAGCACUGCCCCAGCCUCCCCCCAGGCAGUGGAGACCACAGUCCUUCAGGACUGUAUAGCAGAGGCCAAGUUGCUGGUGGACACUGCCUACAAUCAGACUCAGAGGAGCUUCAGGCAGCGCCUGCGUAGUGGAUCCGCCAGCCCCAUGGAUCUCCUGUCCUACUUCAAGCAACCAGCAGCAGCCACCAGGACAGUGGUUCAGGCUGCCGAUUAUAUGCAUGUGGCCUUGGGGCUGCUGGAGGAGAAAUUACAACUCCAGGCAUCAGGAACCUUCAAUGUUACUGAUGUGCUGACAGAACCCCAGCUGCAGCUGCUGUCCCAGGCCAGUGGCUGUGCUCGCCAGGACCAGGUGGAGAAGUGCAGUGGCAAAUAUCGCACCAUCACUGGGAGAUGCAACAACAGGAGGAGACCCUGGCUGGGGGCCUCCAACCAGGCCCUGGCCCGCUGGCUGCCUGCAGAGUAUGAGGACCGGCUGUCGCGCCCUUUCGGCUGGACUCCAGGCAGGAGGCGCAACGGCUUCCUCCUCCCUCUUGUCCGGGCAGUCUCCAACCAGAUCGUGCGCUUCCCCAGGGAGAGGCUGGCCUCCGACCGGGGCCGGGCCCUCAUGUUCAUGCAGUGGGGCCAGUUCAUCGACCAUGACUUGGACUUCACCCCCACGUCCCCAGCCACAGUGGCCUUCACUGCGGGCAUUGACUGUGAGAAGACCUGUGCUCAGCUGCCCCCCUGCUUCCCCAUCAAGAUCCCGCCCAAUGACCCCCGCAUCAAGAACCAACGGGACUGCAUCCCCUUCUUCCGCUCCGCACCCUCGUGCCCACGGAACAGAAAUCAAGUCCGCAAUCAGAUCAACUCGAUCACCUCCUUCCUGGACGCCAGCAUGGUGUAUGGCAGCGACGUCUCGCUGGGCCGGCGGCUGCGCAACCGGUCCAACCAGCGGGGGCUGCUGGCGGUCAACACGCGCUUCCACGACCACGGCCGCGCCCUGCUGCCCUUCGACAGCCUGCGGAAUGACCCCUGCCUCCUCACCAACCACUCCGUGAACAUCCCCUGCUUCCUGGCAGGUGACUUCCGAUCAACUGAAACUCCCAUGCUGACUGCCGUGCAUACCCUCUUUGUGCGAGAACACAACCGGCUGGCUGCUGCGCUGAAACGCCUGAAUCCCCGGUGGAGUGGAAACAAGUUGUACCAGGAGGCUCGGAAGAUCGUGGGGGCCAUGGUCCAGAUCAUCACCUACCGAGACUAUCUACCUCUAGUUCUGGGCAAGGCCCGUGCCAGGAGAGCCCUGGGGCCCUACAGGGGGUAUAACUCCAAUGUGGACCCCCGUGUGGCCAACGUCUUCACUCUGGCAUUCCGCUUUGGCCACACCAUGCUCCAGCCCUUCAUGUUACGUUUGGACAACCAGUUCAGGGCCUCAGCACCCAAUUCACACGUCCCACUUAGCUCUGUCUUCUUUGCCACCUGGAGGGUUGUGCAUGAAGGUGGCAUUGACCCCAUCAUCCGAGGCCUCAUGGCCACCCCUGCCAAGCUGAACCGUCAGGAUUCCAUGUUAGUGGAUGAGCUCCGGGACAGACUCUUCCAGCAAGUGAAAAGGAUCGGGCUGGACCUGGCAUCUCUCAACAUGCAACGCAGUCGGGACCAUGGCCUCCCAGGGUACAAUGCUUGGAGGCGCUUCUGUGGGCUUUCCCAGCCCCGGAAUCUGGCACAGCUCAGUCAAGUCCUGAGAAACCAUAAUUUGGCAAGGAAGUUCCUGAAUCUGUACGGGACACCUGACAACAUUGACAUCUGGGUUGGGGCCAUUGCAGAGCCUUUAUUGCCAGGGGCCCGAGUGGGGCCUCUUCUAGCUUGUCUUUUUGAGCACCAGUUUAGAAAAGUCCGAAGUGGAGACAGGUUCUGGUGGCAGAAACGAGGUGUUUUCACCAAGCGACAGCGCAAGGCCCUGAGACGGAUUUCCUUGUCUCGAAUUAUAUGUGACAAUACUGGUAUCACCACUGUUUCAAGGAACAUAUUCAGGGCCAACAUCUACCCCCGCGGUUUUGUGAGCUGCAGCCACAUCCCCAGGUUGAACCUGUCAGCCUGGCGAGGCCGGUGA